GCCAGUGUUUGAUGGAGAGACCUGGAUGCAGCAAAGCUGGCCUGGGAGAGGGGAGGGGCCGCUGCCCAGAGGAGGCCUGGCCUUUGCCUCCCUCCCUCGGGGUUGUAGAAACAGCCUGUGACAGCAGCUGGGGAGGGUGGCAGGGGGGACAGCUGGGCUGGCCAUGCCACAGAGGGGCUUCCUGGGAGCGUCCAGCCACAGGAGCCUGGGGGCAGCCCAGGGCUGAGAAUUCUGAAAACCCCUCCCUCUCUGGAGCUAUGGGCUGGGCCGGGCUCAGCUGUUGAAACAGUUUCAGUUUUGCUUCUGGAAGAAACGAAACUCAAUUAGAGACUCCGGAGACUAGAACAUGGAGGGAGCCUCCCAGGUGUGCAGGAACUGCAAAAGAAGCAUGGCCUCUACCCACGUGGCCCUCCAUGAGGCACACUGCCUGCUGUUCCUGGCCCUGUGCCCCGAGUGCAAGGAGCCAGUGCCCCAGGGGAAGAUGGACGAGCACCGCGAGAAUGGGCACCAGGAGGUCGGGUGUGCGAUGUGCCAGCAGAGCCUGCAGAAGCACCUGCUAGAGUUUCAUGAGACCACGGAAUGCCGGGAGCGCCCCGCUGAGUGUAAGUUCUGCAGGGCGGUGGUGCGCCUCAGCAAGCUGGAGACCCACGAGCACCACUGCGGCAGCCGCACCGAGCUCUGCCUGGACUGCGGCCAGCAGGUCGUGGUCCGCAUGCUGGCCCAGCACAGGAAGGCGUGCCCCACGGAGCAGGCCCAGCGCAGGGCAGGGAAGAAAACUGCAGCUCCUGAAAACAAUAUCUGCUGCCAUUACUGCAACCAGAUGACCCCAGCAAAUAAGUACUUAAACCAUAUGCAUAAAUGUCGCAUCACCUCAGCAUCUGCAAAACGUUUUCCAACCAGAGAGCCAAGAAAUUCUCCUCCAUCCCUCCCAAGUCAGGCUACUGAAGAUCCAACUUCCACAGCAGAAAAAGAUGUUCGUCCGAAGACAAAAAAUAUGAACAGACUCCCUCUUCUUCCUGAAAAUUCCACAAAGCAAGCACCAAGUGGCAGCGUCAGAACCAUGGGUCUGCCGUUGACGUCUGAGCACGAGCCCUGGGUCCCCUCUCCUGCAGAAGACGAGGCGGCCUAUGACAUUCUGAAGAAGUGUCCUCAGUGUAAUAUCCUACUUCCCCUGCCGACCCUAAACCAACACCAGGAGAAAUGCUGGUGGUUAGCUUCAUUGAAAGGAAAACAACUGAGAAACUCCGACUAGAUUUGGG